CGCCCCAUUUUCUCAUGAUCACGGAGUCGCAACCGAGUCUCCUCCCCCUUUCCCGAGUCUUCGUCCAAUCUCCUCUCCUUUGACGAUCUCGGCAUGUGCUGGUGACGUGUUCUGGAUGUAGCGGAGGGACGUAGGAGUGACGGUGACCGGCAGUGAGGUGAUGUCAGCGGAAAUUGACGCUUUGGCGGAAAUGGACGCUGUGCACACCUGGCACGAUCUGCACAUGGUGAUAUGCUGCUAUAUAGGUGAUGUCAGCGGAAAUUGACGCUUUGGCGGAAAUGGACGCUGUGCACACCUGGCACGAUCUGCACAUGGUGAUAUGCUGCUAUAUAGGUGAAUUGUGAAAGGGACAUUAUUCUCUGAUCAAGCCAUCUAGAGAGACAUAAUUUCUUAAGGCUCUGGAGGGUUCACAAAAACAGUUAAGUUGUUACUCAUCGAAGAAAUGAAGCCCAAAAGAGAGAAAACACUUCAGUGCUCGGAGUGUGACUUGCGCUUUGCUGCUAAAACGCAUCUUCUCAUACAUCAGAGGAUUCACACAGGAGAGAAACCGUAUCUGUGCUCUGAGUGUGACAAAUGCUUUACGUGUAAAUCACAGCUUGUCAUCCAUCAGAAGAGUCACACAGGAGAGCAACCAUUUAAAUGUUCUGAGUGUAGCAUGUGUUUUUCACGGAAGUUCAGUCUUUUUAGUCAUCAGAUGAUUCACACAGGAGAGAAACCAUUUAAAUGCUCUGAAUGCAGCAAGUGUUUUACAAGAAAGAAAACACUUGUUGCACAUCAGAUGAUUCACACAGGAGAGAAACCAUUUAAAUGCUCUGACUGCAGCAUGAGUUAUAUCACAAAGCGACAGCUUGUUACACAUCAGUGGAUUCACACAGGUGAGAAACCAUUUGCAUGUUCUGAAUGUAGCAAGUGUUUUUCUCAGAAGUCGCAUCUUGUAAGUCAUCAAAGAAGUCACACAGGGGAGAAACCAUUUAAAUGCUCUGAAUGUAGCAAAUGUUUUUCUGAGAAGCAACAACUUAUUAUACAUCAGAGAACUCACACAGGAGAGAAAUCCUUUACGUGCUCUGAAUGCAGUAAGUGUUUUUCCCAGAAGUCACAGCUUGAUAGACAUCAGAUGAUUCACACAGGAGAGAAACCAUUUAAAUGCUCUGAAUGCAGCAAGAGUUUUCCCCAGAAGGCACAGCUUGCUAGUCAUCAGAGGAUUCACACAAGAGAGAAACCAUUUACAUGUUCUGAAUGCAGGAGGUGUUUUUCAGAGAAGUCAAAUCUUAUUAGACAUCAGAUGAGCCACACAGGAGAGAAGCACUUUAAAUGUUCUGAGUGCAGCAAGUGUUUUACCGUUAAAGAAAAUCUAGUUAGACAUCAGAAGAGUCACACAGGAGUGAAACCAUUUAUAUGUUCUGAAUGCAGCAAGUGUUUUACCAAGAAGAGAACACUUAUUGCUCACAUGAGGAGUCACACUGAUGCUUAGAAUGUGGCACGUGUUUCAUAAGUUAACUUGUAUCAUAACAAAGGGCCUAAUACUGAGUUUGGAGCAUAGCAUGAGAACGCUGGUUACUUUGCACCUGGACAACCAUGUUGCAGUACAAGGGAUGCAAAUACAUUUAUUAUUUUUGCCAAGGCGCAAGUUACUUUUUUUGCUUUACUCUAUGCUCUGAAUAUUCCCCAAUAUGCCUCAAAGAAAUGCAUUUUUUUAAUUUACUUACUACUAUCCAUGUGCUGGCAAUAGUAGAGGAAAGCUUUCUGUCCAGUAGAGUGUUCCAGCAGCUCCUCUCAGUACUGGGAUUCUCUGACUGGCAGAGCCAUGAUUACUGGAUAUUUCUAUAACAACUCUGCAUGCUGCUCUGUUUCACCCUAUGGGUUAUAUUUACUAAACAGUUUUUAAAAGCUGCCAAUUCUCAGUGUCUGAGCUUUGGAUAUUAAACGGCAGUAGUAACACACACACAAAAUCAGACUUGUUUUACUCGUAUUUCUGUUGCUUUUUUAAAUCUAGGACUCAAGUUAUGUAGAAUCGAUGGCUUUGAAAAAUGAGACUUGUAGGGGUAUUUUUACUAAAUAUUAUCUGUUGUCUCUUACCUCCUACUUUCCCUAAUACGUUUAUAUUCUGAGUACUAUGUACCAUUUAGUAAAAUGGUGCAAAUAAAAUCUUCGUCUGUAUCCUGUAGCUACCAAUCAAAUUAUAACAACAUUUGUUAGUUUGCUGGCAGUAUACAGUAAAUAGCUGAUAUCUGGUUGCUAUUGGUUACAGUACAUUGCUGAUUUUAAUUUCAUGUUAUUAAAUAAGCCCCACGGAGUGCACAUUGUUUGCUAAGCCUACUAAUAAAGUAUCUUCAUAAUUAUUUUAUUUAACUAGCACAGUAAAAGUUUUAAUAUUUUGUACAUUUUUCCACAUUUUAGAAGAUAGAAUCAAGGGAGUAUUCAGGGAGCCAGGUAGUACAGACAGUCUAAAAGCAAAUAAAAAAAAACCCCUAAAAGAUCACUUGUCAUUUUCAUAAGGCAAAUGUAUUUUCUUUUGUCUUUUUUAAAAAAAAUAAGUGUUUUUAUUGAUUCUGAAGAAUCUUGAACAAAGAUUUAGUGCACGAUGUUAUAUUGAUAAAUCAAAAAAUAAAGUUCACAAAUUAAAAUGUAUAAUACAGAAACUGAAUAGCAAAACUGCCAUGCAGACUAGGAGACCCCCAAUAAGGUUAUGGGAAGGUCAUUACUAGACAUAGUGAAUACCAUGAGGUAGGGGAGAAGCAAUGGAUGAGCAACUGUUAUGUCUAUAGUGGGAGUUUAGCUAUAUAACUUACCCAGACAUUAAAAGAUAUGUUGACAAGAUUCUUCAACCAAGGAAACCUCCAGCCAAUCCAUCCUAAACAAAUAAAAUGAUGUUUUCUUAGAGCAGUGUUUUCCAAACUCUGGUUAAUCCAAUUAGCUACGUCGAUCUCAUGGGUGCAAGUCAUUGUGGCAAGAGCCACACUUUGUGGAGGCCCUAAUUUGGACAAAAGUGCUCACCAAACCAUAAAGGUCUGAGCAAUUUUGUGCAAAUUGGGGCUGAUUUCAGUUUGCAAAGGGUGCAAGAUUGGGUGACAUUGCCGGUGUAGAAACACUACGGCAAUGGUACAUCGCACCAUUGCAGCUAAAUUGUAUUGGCCUUUCAGUCCUGUUUUGCAGGUCUCCUAGUUGGUGCACAAGUGUAUUUAUUACUUGCUGACAUUUUAAAACAUCCACAGGUGGAGCUAAUUAUUUCAAUUGGAAACCUGCAAAACAGGCACUGUCGGGUACCUGAGAACUGAGUUUGGGAAACACUGUCUUAGAGAGAAAGGAGGCAUUCCCAGUUGAAUUCUUACCUUUAGUAUGGUUUCUAGCUGUUGCACUCAGGAUAAGUAGGAGUUUAUGCCUCCCUGGUGACACCUAUGGAACCUGAGCCAAGUUCCCUAAUAUAGCUAAUUUGGGAGUAAAGGGUAGAACAUUUACCAAAUGCUCCAGAGCAAUCCUGCUAAAGGUUCUAACUAAAGGGCAAGACCACAAACAGUGAUACAGAUCUGCAUUAUCCUCACAAUGAGGCCAUCUAUGGGAAGAAGAAACCAUCAACAUUCCACAAUGUGGGUUAAUGUAUGUCCUAUAAUAAACAUUUAAAAAUAGCUCCCUGUAAUCAAUUGCAGGAAGGAGGAGACAGCAGCCUGGAGGGGCUCUGAGCAAAUUGUCAGUUGUUACAUUUAGGAAACAUUGCAAGCAGUUACUUUACAAAGAAAGAGAAAGAAGUGUCCGUAACUGGUGCACCAUUUUAAAAUGUAACGUUUUAUUAUAAAAAUGUAAAAUACUAUUCAUUGUAUAACUAGUCAACAAAAUAUUAAAAUAUAGAAAAGAAUUUGAAAAAGAUUGUGAAUAUGAAUAGUAAAGAUUUUUUUCUGAAA